UAAUUCGAGCCUCCCUUCCUGUCCUCUCUCAUCUUCCUUCCUCUGGAUCUCACCUCGCCGUCCGCUCUGACAGCUUGAGAAAUCAUCCCCAACUCUCGCCUCUCGACAACAUAGCAGGGCCUCGACUUACAGGACAUCGGAGUGAAGGUGUUUUGAAAGCUAAACCAAGCAUGGCCAUAACAAGGGAGAGCUUGGAACAAAUAUGGAACCAGUGGGAAAUCGAGCUGGUGGUGCUCCUCAGCUUCACCCUGCAAAUCUUUCUCUUCUUCACCGGCUGUAUCAGGCGGUACAGCACCAAUGCUCUGCUCAGGCUUCUUACCUGGCUAGCAUAUGUUGCGGCAGACAUGGUUGCUGUAUACGCCCUUGGUCUCAUAUCCAGAGAUGGUCAGAGUACCAUGUCAUCGGCUGGAUCAUGCCACCGGAACAAGCGAUCAAACAGAUUCUCCACGGGCACAAGCCGCCAACUAGCAUUCUUCUGGGCGCCUUUCCUCCUCGUCCAUCUCGGCGGGCAGGACACCAUAUCGGCUUUCUCCAUCGAGGACAACAACCUCUGGCUGAGGCACCUUCUGAAUCUGACCAUCCAAGUCUCGUUAGCCUUAUACGCCUUUUGGAAGUCGAUAGGUGGACAAAAUCAGCGGCUUCUUGCUCCAGGCAUCUUGGUGUUUGUCACCGGGAUCAUCAGGUAUGGGGAGAGGAUAUGGGCGCUCAAGUGCAGUAGCCGAAAUGGCCUAAGGGAGACGAAUCUGCCUCCAUUGCCUAAACUCAAUUUUGAGGUCGACAAAGGCAGCUAUGUUGGCACCAUCUGCUACGUUCUAGGCUCAAUGGUUUGUAUCCGGGAUCUUUUCUCAGGGCGCACCACCUCCCAAAUGAAAGAGCGUGCUGUCUUCAGGUUCCAAGAAGACAGGCCCCUAGACCAGGUGCCCAAGUUGCUGGAGGUCGAGCUUGCCAUGAUGUAUGAUGAUCUCUUCACGAAGGCCAUGUUGCUCAGAACAAGGACUGGGGUUGUGCUCCGGUGCAUCAGCCAAUUCUCAGUCAUAGCUGCCUUUGUGCUCUUCCUAGUUGAAAACCUCAAACAAGAACAUAAUAGAGCUGAUGUCGCAAUCACCUAUGCGUUAUUCUUGGGUGGCUUCAGUCUUGAAGUUUGUGCUUUUGUUCUGACUGUGAUGUCACCGUGGACUUGGGCAUUCUUCAAAGCUCGAAGGUGCGAUAGGCUUGCCCACAUUUCUUGGCUUCUUCUUUCAAGUGGCAUUGGCUGGCCGGAGAAGAGACCGUUGUGGUCGAACUCUAUGGGGCAGUAUAACUUCUUGACUUCAUGUAUGGGCCGUGAGCAAUCAACGACAUCAUCCAAACUAAUGACUAUCAUCAGAAAGAUUUUAAUUGCAGUUGAGAAGAAGGUCUUUAUCAGAAACCUACAACACACCAAGCAUGUCAAUCUGAGCAAGGAUGUUAUGGACAGUGUGGUCACAUGGGUUGGACGCCUUGCUCGCGAAGAAUUCACAAGGAUAACGCAGCAGCAACGCUGGGUGAAUCUUCGCCCAAUCAUCAACCCGACAAUGAAUACUUUAGCUAAUUCUUUGGGUGAUAACAUCAUCUUCUUACAUACAUACACAGAAUUGCACUUGCAGAAACACUCCAGCAACAUGGAUGACGAGACAAUAUCAACUACAAUGGACAUAUGCAGGAAGAUAUCUAACUAUAUGGUGUACCUUCUGGUCGUGCAUCCUUCCAUGUUGCCGCUAAGUGGCACCGCAGCGGACACAUUAGCAAAAUUCUACGAGAAGAUCAGCAAGAACGGCAGCGGCAAGCAAGAUGUCCUGGACACUGCUUAUCAGCUAGUGACAGACAAGCUGGAGUUCGGCGACGAGGAAUGCCUGAAAGAACAGGAGCAACCUGGGCCGUGGGGCGAGACGCUGACGGAGAUCCAAGAUAUGUGGAUGAGGCUGCUGCUCUACGCGGCCGGCAAGUGCCCGGUAGAGCUGCACGCCCAGCAGCUAGGCAGAGGAGGGGAGCUCCUCACCUUGGUCUGGUUGCUGAUGGCGCAUAAUGGCAUUGGAAAUGUUGGUCAUCAGGUUGAACUUAUAACUAAUGAUGAAACAAUGGUUGGGCAGUUCUGUGCAUUCCAUUAUCCUAAAGAAUCAAAACAUAGGUCUGCGUAGGUAGCUCUUGUAAGCCAAUCCCAAAUGUAUGUAGUUAUCUUUUGGGAGCACAAAACGCUUGGAUAUAAUAUUUACCUUGAUGUCUCUUUGCAUGUAGUUAUCUUUG